AUGUCGAACAGGACUCUGAAAGAUUGGGAUAGCAUUGCGAAUAGCCUCACCAAAGAUGAGAAAGCCGAUGGUGAUGAAGAGGAAGCAAUGGACACCCUCGAGGCGUUGCAGACGAAAAUGAGCCAAGUACCGCGCGGAAUGUUUGUCAGCGGAUGGGACGACCCAGAUGAUCUGAUCGAGGAAGAUAACGACCCGAAGGCUAGCGUUGAGAGACAUGCCCUGUGGGCCGCAGGAGAGAACAAAAUGGAUUUGCUGACAGCAAUGCUCAGCCUAAAACCGUCGAUCGUGCAUGCAACUGAUCGCGAUGGCUACACGGUGUUACACAAGGCCUGCUAUAAUAAUAAUCUGGCAAUGGCGAAGGUCGCUCUACGGCAUGGGGCUGAUCCGAAUGCCCGCACUGAAAUGGGGUGGACGCCGCUGCACUCGGCCUGUAAAUGGAAUAAUGCGACGUGUGCGGCGCUGAUGCUACAAUUCGGGGCUGAUGUAAAUGCACCAUCGGAUGGCGAUCAGACGCCUUUACACAUUGCAGUCACAGUUUCCAACUGUCGGCCAACUUUGGUGACGCUGCUGCUGAAUGAAAAGUGUGAUCCCGAGCGGCGCAACAAUUCAAAUGAGACAGCUCAAGUGAUAGCGAAGCGCACCGGACCGUUGUUUCCGAUCUUUGCCAUGGCACACUCGGCGUACACAGUAGAAACGGGUUUGAUUGAUUAGGAAGUAGCAGGAUUAACACCGUAAAUAUGCAACCAGAUUUAGCAAGUGUUGUAACAA